CCGCUGACCAAUAGGAGAGCGCUGUAAAGGGUAUAAAUAGCAGUGUCUGCGGGCUAAGCGUCACACUUGAGCAGUGUGUGAGUGGGGUGGAGGGGUCGGUAAAAGAUGACUUCUCCCGAAAUCUCCAAGAUCUCCUGGGGCAGUAUGAACGUUUCAGGGCAAGUAUAUAAAGACUGCAAGGUGUGGCCUGGAGGAAGCAGAACCUGGGACUGGAGAGAGACUGGAACCAAUCACCAUCCAGGGGUCCAGCCUGCAGAUGUGGAGGAGGUGUUGAAGAAGGGAGUGAAGACGCUGGUCAUCGGCCGUGGGAUGAACGAAGCCCUGCAGGUCCCAGCCUCCACCUUGGACUACAUCCGAUCUCAAGGCAGUGAUGUCCUGGUCUUCCAGACAGAGAAAGCCGUGCAGGAAUAUAACAGCCUCGCCUCAAAGGGAGCCAAAGUUGGGGGAGUGUUUCACUCCACCUGCUAAGUCUGCCCGUAGAGCAGGAAGCCGGGGCCCCGCAGGAUGAGUGUCUGCUGCACAGAGCCAUGGGUGACUUUAAAAAAAAAAACUUUAUUAUUUCAACU